AUGAUCGCAGAAGUACUUCUGGUUCUUGCAGGCCAUGAAUCCUCCCUCUUUCCUGAUGACCAUCGGCUCCAUCCCUCUUUCCGAUCCCUUCUACAUCCAGGAGAAGAGCAAUGUCUCGAAGCACUCGGUCAGAUCGCGUCGCGUUAUAGACAGAUCAAGGCCUCCUGUGCUAUCUUGUCUCGCUCCUCAUCCCGCUACAUAUGCGCGCUCUGUGCUACUCUAAGUCAGAUCCUCAAAGACGAAUACGAGUCUCUCGUGGUGGAAACUGAAGCCAAAGUCCUGAAACGCGAUCCCUCCCUCGUCGGACAAGGCUCGUUUGUUCCGCUCUCCGCCAUACGCGCCACCUUUGCCCAGUGGGAUGCCCCUCUCAUCGCUCUCCAAUCUCUGAUGCGCCACCUCGAGUCCCAGGAUCAGUGGCGCCCAGGACCGCUGAUUGACAUGCUGCUAGAACGCUCCAAGACUGGCGUUUAUCGUAUACAUGAUGUUAUCAGCCGUCUAGCUAUCGCUGUCCAACGCAUCUGGCGGUCCCAGCUUGCCUCGCUCCUCAUUCACGGCGCAUUGUCAUCUACAGAUCCAUUGGCAUCCAAGGACUACAUCCUUGUAGAUGGUUCAUUGCCUACUUGUAUCUCGGAAGAAUCAAAGGAAUCAAUCAUCUAUGUUGGUAGAGCUAUAGCCACAGUCAAGGUUAACAAAUGGCAAAAACAACUACCACGGGAUCUUGCUCUGCAGCAUGCUUCUCUGCUAGAGUCUGUAUGGCCCGAGGACCAAUACAAGUUUGAUAGUGUCCUCUCACAAAUCAGGACGAAUGUAAGUGAGUGGUUAUGGCAGCAUGUCCUCACACAGAAAGACGUCGAAGAUGCUGUCGAAUCCCUUGCAAACUACUUUUUGCUUCGCAACGGAGAAUUCAGCUUGGCCCUCAUCCGUGAGAUAGAACGCCUUAAAAUAUCACGGCUGGCUGCUCGCACAGCAGGUAGUUCAUUGAUCAGAGAGCAAGACCUCAACCUUGCCGUUCUUCGCGCAUCACUAGGAACAACCGCUCAGCACGACUCAGCUCUACUACUUCUUCACUUCCAGCUCCCCUCAGGGCCAUUAAGGCCUCUCCUUCCUUCGCUGAGCAGUGAUCCCCAGGCACUGUCUUCAUCUACUACCAACAAUCAGGCAGAGAUGGUGACCUUUGAUGAUCUUGUACUUGGAACUCCUUUGAUCUUGUCCUAUGCCAUAUCUUGGCCUUUGGAUCUGUUCCUCUAUGCUGUGGACCUCCAAAUAUACUCGGCCCUUUUCAAUUACCUUUCUUCUCUGAGGAGGACUCAUAUUCGCAUUCACGGGUGCUGGACAUCGCUCUCGAACGCCCAGAGAGCACGAAGACGAUGGACGGGACUUGGCGAAGGAGGCACCGCAGAGGAUUUAAACAGGAGGAAGGAACUUCUUCGUUGCGGAUGGAGCGUGGUUCGAGAUAUGGGAUGGUUCUUGGACACACUACUGGGAUACGUGAUGAUCGAUGUUGUAGAUGUGGAACAUCGCCGCCUGAAAGACCUCCUUCGCAAACCUUACGCAGGCAGUGAAUCCAUCCGAAAUCGUCAACGAUCUGGGUCUUCACAUCCGUAUUCUGAUGAGAAGGCGACGACAUCACCGUCUUACCUUGAUUUCACAACACUUCGAAACAUCCACACCACCUACCUGGAGCGGCUUGUUACUGGCUGCCUAUUGUCCAACCCUGCACUGACUGCGAUCAUAAGACCAAUCUUUCAGGUCUGCGAUCGGUUUGUUGCGCAAGUGGAGCGCUGGGGAGGUGAUAUUCUCCCAGCAUUGCUGUUCGAAGGAAGCUUAGGAUCUGGGGAUGACGUUGGAACAAUGGUACGGGAACGUUUCGAAACAGUGACUGAGAUCAACAAGGUCUUUCACACUCUUCUCAACUCUUUCUACGAGCAGCUUUCAAUCUCAACAUCAAACCAACCAUUUAAUGCCACUGCCGAUGCUUCAAAAUCGAUUCUAGCCAACAGCACAUUGGCCAGCGUGUCGACUUUCCAGCGAACUUACGUACGGACAAAGGGUGCUAAGGGACUCGAAGGGGAUGGGGAAGUGCGGAGGCAUGUUGAGAGGCUGUUGCUGCGUUUGGAUUUCAACGGCGCAUUUUCCAAAGGUGGCGGUAGCCGUUUUAAGGGUGGCAACGGUGUACUGCCUGGCGAGUUUUGAGUUCUGGCG